UGUGAGCGUCGCGCAAGUGAAACGAACGACAAUUCCGAAAACGACAAACUUUUUUAAUAUCCAAGUGAACGGCGGCGGCGGCGGCGUUGUUGCACCGAAAUAUAUCCGAGGCGUUCCAGAAAAAAAAGUAAAGCACAACAAUUCAAACGACCGCAGGGACCCAUGGAAAUAAGACGGGUUGCCGACCGAAUCUAAAAGUUUUUUCCAAACCACCAAGCACUUUUUUUUAAAACCCCAAAAACUGUGACAAAAAAUAAGAAAAUUAAAAAUAAAAAACUCUCGGAACUCUGCAUCAAAACAAGUGAAAUUAUAUAGUGAAAUAUUAAAAUAUAAAUAAAGAUAUUCAACGGUUCUACACUCGCAUUUUAAGCGAAACACAAAAAAAAAGAAAAGAAAGCAUAUCGCGGUGACGGAAGAAACCCCGCCGUUGUCAUGGAGCACAUGAUGAAUCCGUUCAUGUCACCCGCUUAUCUGCUCGGCCAUGGCCCACAUCCCCAUCAUCAGCAGCAGCAGCAGCAUACCCCGCAUCAGCAUCAGCAGCAUCAUGCCUCCUCGCCGGCCAGCUCACCCGGUGGCUCCAGUGGCUCUGGCUCUGGCUCCGGUUCGGGCUCUGCUUCGGGUUCCUCGAAACCCAAACGUUGGGGUUCACCGCCCAUCAACCUGGCCGGACAGUUCAUCAAUCCGGCAACGGGCAAGAAACGUGUCCAAUGUUCCAUCUGCUUUAAAACCUUCUGCGACAAGGGUGCCCUGAAGAUUCACUUUUCGGCCGUGCAUCUCCGUGAGAUGCACAAAUGCACCGUGGAGGGUUGCAAUAUGGUGUUUAGCUCAAGGCGUUCAAGGAAUCGUCAUAGCGCCAAUCCAAAUCCCAAACUUCACUCACCGCACAUCCGACGCAAGAUCUCACCCCAUGAUGGACGCACCGCUCAGCAGUUUCCGGUCUUUCCGCCGGGAGCGGCGGCCGCUGCUGCUGCCGCUGCCGCUGGACGUCUGCCAGCGGCUUUUCCGGGAUUGUUGCCACCACCGCCACCGCAUCAUCAUCAUCAUGGCCAUCAUCCGUAUGUAAUGUUCCCGCAUGGUUUGAGUCUGCUACCAGGUUGCCAGGAGCUGGUCAAGGCAGAUGCUGGAGGCGACACCGAUCCGGAGGCUGAUGUCGAUGCCGAGGAUGAUGGUGACUUUGUGUAUGUGGAUAUGCAGGGUAAUAGCUCCAGUCCAGCGGCUUCCAGUGAGGAGGAGCAAGAGCAGGAACAGGAUCAAGAACAGGAACAGGAUCAAGACCACUAUCAAGUUCCAGAAGCAGAUCAGUAUCAGGAACCGGAUGAGGAGAUGCACUGUGGUCUGAGUCUGGCCAGCAGCAGCAGGAGCAGCAGUAGUCGUUGCAGCAUUGCUGCGGAUGAGGAGCGAGCGGAUCAACCGCUGGACUUUAGUCUGCACAAACGUUGCAAAUCCUCCGAGAGGGAGGAUCAAGAGGUGAAACGGGAACGCGACUGGGAGCAGGAGCAGGAAUCCGAAAAAGAGCACGAGGUUAAGCGGGAGAAACGCUCGCCCAGUCCCUGUGGCGGUGCCUUUUCCAUGGAGCGUCUCCUGGGCAAACGCAAGCGUCAUGACAGCAAUGCCUCUAGCUCCGCCGGUUCCACAGUAGCUCCCACCGCUGCUUCCUCCUCUCUUCUGCCCGAGACAAGCAUCAAAAUGGAACUGGAUACGGAGAGUGACAGCAUGGAUCUAUCCCGACGGCGUCCAGUGUUACCGCUGCCCGUUUUGGAUCUAGAGGAGCAGCAUCAUCUUCGGUUGUUGCAAACGCAAAUGUUUGCUGCCGCAGCAGCGGCUGCAGCUGCUCAACCGCCCACCGCCUUCCUGCCGCCAACGGGUACUUCUGUGGAUUUGCCCAAAGGUUCACCGCCCAUGUGGAGUUUGCUCUCUGAAAUGUAUCGCUCCAUGUUGCUCAAGACGCAACAACAACAGCAGCAGCAACAACAGCAACAGCAGCAGCAACAUCAGCAACUACAGCAGCAGCAACAGCAAUUGCAGCAGCAGCAGCAUCACCACCAUCAUCUCCACCUGAGCCACCUGAGUCUGGAGCGGCAUCGCCACCACCACCACCAUCAUCACCACCUGGGUCAGCACCACCAGCAGCCGCAGCCGCAGCAAUCGCCGGCGGCAACAAAUGCUGCCAUUUCCGUCUAGCUCUAGAGGAUGUCCUUGAAUCCUUAGUCAAAUGUGUUUUUUUUUUGUAAUUGUGUAUUUGUAUUUAGAAUCCUGGG